GGGUGCAGCUUCUGAAUGAUUUCCUUUGGCUCUCUCCUUUGUUGAAACGGUGAAGCAGAUGCUGUCGGACCGUUGUCACCACUUCACACAGCCUCAUACGUAUCACUCUGUUUAAUCCGAAGUCAACACAAUGGCAGGAGGAAUGCCAGCUCCUGAGCAGAGCCCAGCGAAGGAGGAGGGGCUUCUGCUGACCAUACGCGACUGCUCAACUAGCCGCAAAAUGGAGGCUGAUAACACCGCAAACAACAUCCUGGCCUCUGUCAAAGAACAGGAGCUUCAGUUUGAGCGGCUAACCAGGGAGCUGGAAGUGGAGAGGCAGAUUGUGGCCAAUCAGCUGGAAAGAUGCAGACUUGGGGCUGAGUCGCCAGGCGCUGGUAGCAGCAGCUCAUCAGAGAAGUCCCUACCAUGGAGAACUGCAGAUGCCUCCACUUCAGGGGACACCAAGUCUCGGGUGACUGAAAGCUCCCAGUCGCCCAGCUACCGAAUCAGGACCGAAUCAGAGCAGGUGUCUCUGUACUCCCCAGAGCAGUCCUCCCUUCAUGAAAGUGAGGGGUCUGCAGGGAAUUCGUGUGGCUCAGCUCAGAUGAACUCGUACUCUGACAGCGGCUAUCAGGAUGCCAGCAGUGGCUACCUCAGCAGCCAGAAUCAGAGCAAAGCUGAGCUGAGGAUGCAGCACUCUUUUCCUGGGGCUGGCACUGGCACUUUGAUGAGGAAUGCCAGGGCUGAAGGCCAGGCUUCAGCCCAGGUUCAAGCAGUCACAGCAGCAGUGCCUGGUCGGGCUAUGCGACGGGUUAGCUCAGUGCCUUCUCGCUCUCACUCGCCAGCCUAUGCCAGCAGUCUGUCCCCGUCCCGUGGCUCCUUUCGGACCUCAGUUGGCAGUGCCUACGGCUCCCCCAUAGUUACUGAACCCAAGCCCCUCUCCAGCAUUUACUCCACAACUUUGCCCUCUGCCCAGCGCACCAGUAGCACUGGCGGCAACAGCUCGCCCUAUUCCACCCAGAAAAACUCCCCUGCAGGACUGCGACGUAUGGGCUCCACAAACUCGCGUUCUGGCAGCGCCAGCCGCACCACCUCACCCUAUCAGACUUCUGCAGGGUCGUCGUCGGGCCGCAUGGGUUCGCCGCUGACGAUGGUGGACAAUGUCAACCCUCCAUUGACCAAACAGCCCACUCACUCGUCGUCUCCAGUCAGAGCCAGUAUGACCGCCGUGCCCCAGCACUACAGCUCCACUCUGCCUCGCUCCGUGCUCCACAGCACUGACCCCUAUGGACCUCAGAGUUAUGACAUUUACGAGAGGAUGACGCGACCUGACAGCCUCACAGAUGCCCUCAUUGAUGGCAACAUUCAAGGAAUACGGAGCUCAUAUGCCAGUCAGCACAGCCAUCUUGGCCAGGACAUAAGGUCCGCUAUGUCCCCAGACCGCCACAUUGCACCAAUCUACGAGGAUCGGGCGCUGCAGGGUCCCUUGUAUCGAAGCCCCAGUCAUACCCAGCAAAGUACCCUCUACAGGAGCAGCUCAGGUGUGGGAAGUCUGCAAAGGACGUCCAGCCAGCGCAGUGCCAUGACUUACCAAAGAAACAACUAUGCUCUUAACACAGCAGCCACCUAUGCUGAUCCCUACCGCUCUGCACAGUACCGGCCCUCUGAUCCAACCUACGCUCGCCAGGCUCUAGUAAUGGAUGACGGUGCCACCCGCUCCCCUUCCAUAGAUAGCAUUCAGAAAGACCCUAGAGAGUUUGCUUGGCGCGACCCAGAGCUGACGGAGGUAAUCCACAUGCUCCAGCACCACUUCCCCUCAGUGCAGGCCAAUGCAGCUGCCUACCUGCAGCACCUGUGCUUCGGUGAUAAUCGAGUCAAGAGUGAAGUAUGUCGACUGGGAGGAAUUAAACACCUGGUGGAUCUGCUAGAUCACAAAGUUGUCGAGGUCCAGAAGAACUCUUGUGGAGCUCUGAGGAACCUGGUUUAUGGGAAAGUUAUGGAUGACAACAAGAUUGCUGUUAGGAACGCAGGAGGUAUCCCAGCCCUGCUCCGGCUGUUGAGGAAGACUGUGGAUGCAGAAGUGCGAGAGCUUGUCACAGGUGUGCUGUGGAACCUUUCGUCAUGCGACGCUGUCAAGAUGACAAUCAUUCGGGACGCCUUAUCAACUCUGACCAACACUGUGAUCAUCCCUCACUCUGGAUGGAGCAGCUCCACCUUUGACGAUGACCACAAGCUGAAGUUUCAUUCCUCCCUCGUGCUGAGAAACACCACCGGUUGUCUGAGGAACCUGAGCUCAGCUGGCGAGGAGGCCAGAAAACAGAUGCGCACUUGUGAGGGCCUGGUUGACUCAUUGCUCUACGUCAUCAAAGCCUGUGUCAACACCUCUGACUUCGACAGCAAGAUUGUGGAGAACUGUAUUUGCACUCUAAGGAACCUAUCGUAUCGUCUGGAGCUGGAGAUGACGCCAUCUCGACUGAUGGAUGGGCAAGAGCUGGAUGGUUUAUUGGGCAGAGAGUCUCCCAGUAAGGAGGUGGAUUCUAGCUGCUGGGGCAGAAAGAAAAAGAAGAAGAAGAACAGCAUGCAGGAAGACUCUUGGGAUGGUGUUGGGCCCAUCCCUGGCUUCUCCAAGUCCCCCAAAGGUGCAGAGAUGCUAUGGCACCCUGCAGUGGUUAAGCCUUACUUGACACUGCUGGCUGAGAGCUCCAAUCCUGCUACUCUGGAGGGUUCUGCAGGGUCCCUUCAGAACCUUUCAGCUGGCAACUGGAAGUUUGCAGCAUAUAUUCGUGCAGCCGUGCGUAAAGAGAAAGGACUGCCCAUUCUGGUGGAGUUGCUGCGAAUGGACAACGACAGGGUGGUGUGUUCAGUUGCCACUGCUCUGAGAAAUAUGGCACUGGACGUCAGGAACAAGGAGCUUAUAGGGAAGUACGCAAUGAGGGACCUGGUAAACCGCCUCCCUGGGGGAAACACCACCCUGCUGUCAGAUGAGACCGUGGCAGCCAUCUGUUGCACCCUGCACGAGGUCACCAGCAAAAACAUGGAAAAUGCAAAGGCCUUGGCCGACACGGGCGGCAUCGAGAAACUGGUCAACAUCACCAAGGGCAGAGGAGACAGAUACUCUAUGAAGGUGGUGAAAGCAGCAGCCCAGGUGUUGAGCACACUGUGGCAGUACAGGGAUCUGCGUACCAUCUAUAAAAAAGAUGGAUGGAACCAAAACCAUUUCAUCACCCCAGUUUCAACACUUGAGCGGGACAGAUUCAAGUCACAACCCACCCUCCCCACCAGCACCAUUCAGAUGUCCCCAGUCAGCCAUCCUGCUGCCAGUGCCACAUCAUCUCCUGCAGUGCUGGGCAUCAAAGAGCAUAGAGACACCAUCAGAGAUUAUCAGAGAGCUCAGUCAGCUAUGCAAUUUUAUAAUUACCAAGGAGACAGCAGUAUUCACAGAAAACAAUAUACAGGGUCUGGAAAACCAUCUCCAUAUUACUACUCAUCACCUACAAGGGAGGAGCCCAGAAGAACACAGCCUGUGUAUUACACAGAAGAGCCGAGCAGGAGGAACUAUGAUACAUACAGAAUGUACCUGCAGCACCCCCACGGCUACGAUGACACAUAUUUAGAAGAGGUCAUCACUUACCCUCCAACAGGGGACUACAGCUCCCAGCCUCAUGGACUGAAAUCCACUGCUAAUUAUGUGGACUAUUACGCUAGCACACGGAGGCCUUCCUACAGGGCAGAGCAGUACCCGGGCUCUCCUGACUCCUGGGUAUAAGGUCUGGAGAUGCAUCUGUGUUACAAGAACAUCUUUCCUCCCUCAACCCUCACUUCAGGGUAUAUGAAGGUGCGCCUUCACCCUGCAGCAGGCAAGGAGCACACAGGAAACAACAAUUUUCAUGAACUUGGCUUUAUGAGUGUUUGUUUAACAGUUGAUGUGCGUGUAUGGAGAGUUCAGCAGAGCAGUAGCAGAUGGAAAGACGGGACGUGUGCCAAAGAAGGAAAUUAAGGAAAGUUUUUUGAGAUUAUUUUUUAUUUAGUAGAGGAAGGUGGGAUCAUGCUGGGGGUGGGGGUCUGUUUGGGGACACUACAGAGAGAAAAUGUGCGUUCUGUGGUGUGUAGAUGUUACUUUUAUGUUUUUUUAAGGAACUCUUAGCUGUGAUAGCACGGUGAAAGGUGUGAGUCAUGUAAGCGAGGGUCUGCGAAAGAGUCGAAACGAGGGGAAUAUGUAUGUGCUGAAGCCAAAAUGGAUCAUGAACUCAUCUGUAAAAAAUGAAAAAAAGAAUAGUAAACUAAUGAUGUUAGUUUGUACAGAGAGAUCAAAUUGUAUCUGUACUUAAUGUUGAAGCUGUCAUGCCAUGGAGUCUUGUACAUUUCUUUCAUUUUAUUGUAAAUACAGAAAAAAACAUGUUACCGGGUUUACACAUCAGCACUGGUUAAAGAAAGAGAAACGUGUGCCAUGUUAGAGCUCUAAGAUAUAUAAAUAUAUAAAUAUGUGGACAAAGAUGGCAUCAUAACAACCAUGUUAACAAAUUAAAAAGGUCAGUUUUGUUUUUUAAA